GCCUCUGGUGAUGCAGCUGCCACUGUUCCAGGAACCACACAUUUAGUUGUCUUAUAUCUUUCCCAUGAUAUUCAUCAACAAAAUGGAACCCAGAAAUCAAACAAGUAAUUCAAAAUUCCUUCUCCUGGCACUGACAGAAGAUCCGGAACUGCAGCCUCUCCUUUUUAGCCUGUUUCUGUCCAUAUAUCUGGCCACUAUCCUGGGAAACCUGCUCAUUGUCCUGGCUGUCACCUUUGACUCCCACCUCCACACCCCCAUGUAUUUCUUUCUUGCCAGUCUGUCCUUCACUGACAUCUGUUUCAGCACAACCACAAUCCCAAAGAUACUGGUGAAUCUCCAAGCACAGAAUCAGAGUAUUAGUUAUGCAGGCUGCCUAACCCAGGUAUGCUUUGUCCUGGUUUUUGCUUCUUUGGAAAAUUUUCUCCUUGGAGUAAUGGCCUAUGACCGCUAUGUGGCCAUUUGUGACCCACUGAGAUACACAAUCGUCAUGAACCCCUGGCUCUGUGGCUUGCUGGUGCUACUCUCCUUGUCCAUUAGCAUCAUGAACGCCCUGUUCCAGAGUCUGAUGGUGUUGCGACUGUCCUUCUGCACACACCUAGAAAUUCCUUACUUUUUCUGUGAAGCUGUUCAGGUCAUCAAGGUCACCUGUUCUGAUACUCUAAUCAAUAACAUCUUCUUAUAUUUUGCAACGACCAUAUUAGGAGGUAUUCCUCUCUCUGGAAUCAUUUUCUCUUAUACUCAAAUUGUCUCCUCCAUUAUGAGAAUGCCAUCAGCAGGUGGAAAGUAUAAAGCUUUUUCCACCUGUGGGUCUCACCUCUCAAUUAUUUCCUUGUUCUACGGGACAGGCUUAGGCACGUAUAUUAGUGCUGCAUUUACACACUCUUCCAGGAAGACUGCAGUAGCGUCAGUGAUGUACACCAUGGUCACUCCCAUGAUGAACCCCUUUAUCUACAGCCUGAGAAACAGGGACCUGAAAGGUGCCUUGAGAAAAAUUAUCAGGAGUGUACCUCCUUUUCAGUGA